UACCGUCGUGGAGCUUUGGGCGAACGGGAGCUUUGGGCGAACGAGAGUUCCUCCGAUGCCACUCGCCACCGCUGAGAUUGUGAGUUGGGAUGGUCGCUUUUGGACAACAAAUUCAUUGCUUGGUAAUUCGUGAGAAUAUGCAAGCGCACUCCCCCUCCUCCUCCUCCUCCUCCGUAGGCACUCGCUACUUGAGUUGUCAUGGUGGCGGAGGAGGAGGCCAUCGUCAUAAAGAUACCCUCCUUCAUAUUCUUCGCUUCCCAAGUCCCUCCCUCGGGGAUUCCGUCUCCAUGGCCUCCAUCGGAAUUCCAAGAAGAAGAAGAAGAAGAAGAAGUGCAACCACUUCCGCCUCUACCAACAACACUAAUGCCAUCCCACCACAACCCUCUUCCUUCCACAAGUCCCUCUCCAAAUCUUUCACAGUGGCAGCGGCGGCAUCCUCUUCCUCCUCCUCCCCCUCCACACCCCAACCAGAUGAUGACCAGGGCCAGAGCAAGGACCUCAGUUCCCGGAGGCUAUGGAGGAGAUUCUGGAAGGUGGCCGCUCCCUAUUGGUGGUCCGAGGACAGAACCCAAGCCCGACUUCAGCUGGCUGCCGUUUUUGCACUUACUCUGGGCACCACUGGCAUCAGCGUCGGCUUCAACUUUCUUGGCCGCGACUUCUACAAUGCUCUAGCCAACAAGGACGCCGAGCAGUUCACCAAGCAACUUCUCUAUUAUCUCGGCGGCUUCGCUUUUGGCAUUCCGUUCUUUGUGCUGAGAGAUUAUGCAAGAGAAAUUCUCGCUCUUAGAUGGAGAUCUUGGAUGACCAGAUAUUACAUGGACCGCUAUCUGAAGCAUAGAACCUUCUACAAAAUUCAAUCCCAGUCCAUCAUUGAUAAUCCAGACCAGCGAAUUGUCGACGAUCUAAGUUCGUUCACAGGCACAGCCCUUUCUUUCUCUUUGACAUUUUUCAAUGCUGCAGUUGACUUAAUAUCGUUCAGCAAUAUCCUGUAUGGUAUCUAUCCUCCUCUCUUUGUUGUUCUUGUCGUAUAUUCGAUUGGUGGAACAGCCAUCAGUGUGCUUCUCGGGAAGGGUCUGGUUACUCUAAAUUUCCUGCAAGAGAAGAAAGAAGCCGAUUUCCGUUACGGGCUCGUACGAGUUCGAGAAAAUGCUGAAUCCAUUGCUUUCUAUGGUGGUGAGGAAAAUGAAUUGCACCUUCUGCUGCAGCGCUUCAGUAGUGCUUUUGAGAAUUUAACUCAAUUGUUGAUAUCAUCUCGUAACUUGGAGUUCUUUACAAAUGGCUACAGAUACCUCAUCCAGAUUCUUCCAGCUGCUGUAGUUGCUCCCAUGUACUUCUCUGGGAAAAUUGAGUUUGGAGUUAUAAAUCAGUCUGUAUCUGCUUUUAAUCAUAUCCUUGGAGAUUUCUCUCUGAUCGUGUAUCAAUUUCAAGCUAUCAGUGCGUUUUCAGCUGUCAUUGACCGUCUAGGUGAAUUUGAUGAUAUCCUGGAUAGCAGUACCAGUAAAUAUGCUGAUGACUCCAUGCAGCACAUACAUCUCAUCUGUCACAACGCGUGUCCUGGUUUUGAGGGCAAUGGGCCUGUAACUAUGGACAAAUUCCAAAAGUUAUUACACAUUGAAAAUUUGACCCUGCAGACACCUACUAGUAAAACGACUCUAAUCAAGGAGUUAUCAUUACAGAUCAACUGCAAUGAUAGUUUGUUGGUAAUGGGACCUAGCGGCAGCGGCAAGACUUCAUUUUUAAGAGCUAUAGCUGGCCUUUGGGAUAGUGGGAGUGGAACAAUCACAUUCUAUGUUCAAGAUGUGGAAUUUACCCAGUCAACCAUUUCGAAGGACAUGGCUUCUCUCGAAGUAAACACAGCAAUUUCAAAUCUUAGGGAACUUGAGAAGACACCUAGUCAGAUUCCGAGAAGCGUAUUUUUCCUCCCUCAGAGACCAUAUAUGAAUCUGGGAACAUUACGUGAACAGUUGCUAUAUCCCACAUGGCUUGAAGGAGCAACUCCUAAUUCGAAUGGCAAUUCAUCAACUGGUAUGCCACCAUUCUUGGCACAGAAACCGAUUUCAGGAGAUGGGAGUAAAAGGUCUAGGAUGCCCACAACUGAUGAUCUGGUAAAGGUUUUGGAAGAUGUUCGCCUGGAUUAUUUGUUAGCUCGUUUUGAAAGUCUGGACUCAACAUAUGAAUGGUCAAGUGUUCUUUCCCUUGGCGAGCAGCAACGCCUUGCUUUUGCUCGUCUAUUGCUUUCAAAACCAAAGUUGGUUUUACUGGACGAAUCGACAAGUGCCUUGGAUGAGGACAAUGAGGCUCAUUUGUACCAGCUUAUUAAAGCUGCUGGCAUCACAUAUGUGAGCAUUGGUCAUCGGCGAACCCUAUUCAACUACCAUAACGCGGUUCUACAUAUAUCAAAGAUGGAUGCUGAUAGCACUUGUUGCAACUGGCGCUUAGGAUCCAUUGAUGAAAAUUCUUCAUCUCAUUUGUCAAAGCUACAAAAUUAGCUCUCCCAAGUCUAGAAUGUUGAAAGGUGCCUUUCUUUUCUUGAAGAUUGUUGUUUCAGAGGAGAAAAAGUCAAGAUGGAAAUCAUGCUUCAUUUUCUUCAGACCCAUGCAGCAUUCUGCUGGACAUGUGCAGGGACAUCUGCCUGCCUGCAUGCGAGCACAAGGUAAUUCGCACAUAAUAAGAUGUGCAUGGAUUGGAAAUUUAUGCAUUUAAAGGGGCAAGGACUCCUACGACAGCUUUUAGCCAUUUUGAUUUGCACAAGGAGAGCCUUAUCAAUAGGCAUCAGGUGGUCAUCCAUAUGUAUUAAAGGGCACCGGAACUCCUACGACAUACAGUAACCAUUUUGAUUAGCUCUUCGCAAGUAGGGCCUUACCAACAGACAACAAGUGGAUAGUCAUAUGGAUCAACAUGAUAUACUGGCUCCAUGGGGCAAGAGAUUUGAAUUCUGAUGGUUUUGCUUCUUCGCUGCUAUUAUUCUGGUAAUCUGAUUGGGUACCUUACUGAGGUCUUAUGUUCGGCAUAGUAAAGGGGUCGGUGGAAUCGCACCCGGUAUUGUGCAUCUGACAUGUACUGGGUAAAGCAAAACUCUUUGUUCAUUCCGAAACUCUUUCUACCAAAGCCAAAUUGCCCCAUGCAAUUCGUCCAUCCCUGUACAAAUGUCUGAAAGGCAUAAAUAAAUCAGGUCCUUUAAAAAAGUGGACACAGGUAAUUCUUUUACCUUUUAA